UCUGAUUCUCGUUCCGUGGUGUACACUUUGGACAAUGGCCUGGCUUCUCAAAUUGCCGUGGUGUCGGCUGUUGCCAAGCGUUUGCAGUGGAAGUCAAUUGGCUUCGUGACCCGAUGGCAGUGGAGGAUACCGUUGAAAAAGGACGACACAGACUACACUACAGAAUUCUGCAAGUGUCUUCAAAUCUCAUAAAAUCUAUUGGCACUUACAGUGUUAGUCUAACCGAAUGGCUGGAUAAACUUGUGUUGCCAAGUAGUGACGUUGAUGCUAGAGUGAGACGUGCCAGUGACGAAUGUUUACCUGCUGCUGUUCAAAGACAUUGGCCUCACUACAGAGCUAGCACUGUAUUGGAGGUACCAUUUGUCAUCAACGAUGCUAAUAGCACUUUUGUUGGGGAGCAUAAAGAGAAAUUGACGGCAAGUAUGGAAAUUUUGACUGUGAAAAUGCCACAGGAUUGAUGGCAGAGCUGAUACACUGUAAACCAAAGCCGAGUACAUUGAUGGAUAUCAUUGAGAAGAGAAAACAGAAGGUGAAUGGCGAGAGUAACGACGGGGCGACGUCAGAAAGGGACGGUG